AUAAAUUAUUGAAAAAGUAAAAUUGAAAAAGUCACUCGAAUUAAGUUUCGAGAAGUGCUAUAAUGGGCGAAGAAGAGCCAGCGUCACUUGAUGGUCAAUUUUUUGAAUUUGCGAAGAUGAUGGACAAGAAGAGAGAUGGAACUACAAUCACUCUGUAUAAUUCGGAUUUUUGGAUGAGGCAGUGCAAGCUGUUGGAUGAUAGGAAAGUGACGAUGACCGAUACUGGAAUUUUGUUUAACAAAUUCAGUAAGUCCGAAUUGGAUUGGGAUGAGUGGAAUGAAUUUCUCACUGAACUGUGUGAGGUGAAGGAGCUGGACGAGGAGAAAGUUCGUGAUACGCUAACAAACUGUGGUCUUCCUGGUCAGUCACCAGUUCUUGUCCCGCAAUACAGAGAUUUCUUUUUGACCUACAAACCCAAAGAGAAGACGCUGUUUUAGAACUACAAAUGACCAGUAUUCGUUUCUGUUUUU